AUGUGUGGAAUAUCGGUAAUCAUAAAUGGAAUUAAAAUUUUAGAACCAAUAAAUAAAAAUGGUCAAAAUAAGGAUUUAAAAGAAACUAUAACAACAUCAACAUCAACACCAACACCAAUUGCAAUUGGUGAUUAUUAUACAAUUAAAAAUGAUAUUGAAUCAAGAUUAAUCAAUAGAGGACCAGAUUCAAUAAAAAGUAAAUUGAUUGAAAUUAAAUGUUUUCAAAAAGAUAUUGAUAAAGAGAUUAGCAUAAGUAUGGAAUUAAUAUCAUCAGUUCUCGGACUUAGAGGACCAUUAACAAUUCAACCAUUAACUGAUGAAAAUAAUGGUAAUACAUUAUUAUGGAAUGGUGAAUUAUUUGGUGGUUAUGAAAUUGGUAUUCAUGAUAAUGAUACUUGUUUAUUAUUACAUUUAUUAUCAAAAAUUAAUGAAAAUGAAAGUGAAAAUCAAGAAAUCAAUGAAAAUGAAAUUGAGAGAGAAUUAAUUGAAAUUAUGUUGAAAAUAAAAGGGCCAUUCGCAUUUUUAUAUUGGCAAGAGAAAAAAAGAAAACUUUGGUUUGGUAGAGAUGUAUUAGGUAGAAGAAGUUUAUUAGUAAAUAAUGAAACCAUUAUCAAUGAUAAACCAUCACUAAUCAUAUCGUCAAUGGGUUCAUUUCCAAAUGGUAUCGAUGAUUCAAUAAGGUUACCAAAAUGGGAUGAAAUUAACACAUUUGGUUUAUUUUCAAUCCAUUUUCCAAAAAUUAUUGAAACUAAUAUAAUUCAUUUUAAAAUCCAUCCAUGGGAUAUUUCAAAUAUUAAUUUAAAUAUUGGUAUGAUUUCAUUAGAUUAUGAUAAUGAUAAUGAUAAUGAAGAAGAAUCAAAUACAAAUACAACAACAACAACAACAACAACAACAACAAAAGAAAUUGAAGAAAUUGAAGGAAAUAAUAUUGACCAAUUACAUUUUUAUCCAUUUGGUAGAAGAGAGAAAUUAGAUAUAGAAAAAGGUGAAUGGAGUGAAAAGGUUUUUAAUGACUAUGUAAAUGGAUUUUAUGAGGCAAUUAGUGAUUCAAUUAAUGUUAGAUUAAAUAAUUUACCAAUUGCUUCAUUGGAAAUACCAGAUUUAAUUAGAGCACCGUUUUUACAAGAGAAACCAUUACCUUUGGUUUCUAGAUUAGGUAUUUUGUUUAGUGGUGGUUUGGAUUCAAUGGUUUUAGCCGCAAUGUCAAAUAAACAUAUGGAAACACCUGAUGAACCAAUUCAUUUGAUUAAUGUUGCUUUUGGUGAUGAUGAUUCACCAUUUGAAGAAUAUGAUAAGGUACCAGAUAGAAAAGCAGCAAUCUCUGGUUUAAAGGAAUUACAAACUAUUGCACCAAAUAGACAAUGGAAAUUAAUUAAAGUAAAUGUUGGUACAAAAGAAAUGGAAUGGGCUAAAAAAAUAGUUUAUCAAUUAUCUUAUCCUGCUAUUACAAUUAUGGAUAUGACAAUUUGUUUAGCACUUUGGUUCGCUGGUAGAGGUGAAGGUAUAUUACAUGGUGAGGAGUUAAAAGGUCAAGGUCAACAACAACAGCAACGUUAUAUGACAACUUUCGUGUAUCCAAGAUUUCCAUAUUUGGAUGAAUCAUUGAUUUCCUAUUUAAAUGGUAUUGAGUUACCUUAUAUUUGUGAUUUAUCUUUACCACAAGGUACAGGUGAUAAAAGGAUUUUACGUGAAGUUGGUCCAAUUCAAUUCGGCUCAAGAUCUUCAAAACAAUUGAAUAAAAAUGUUCCAGCAAGAAUCACUCAAAAAUGUGGUAAAGAUGUUUUUUCAUUUACAACUCCAAUUUAUGAUCCACUUCAAGAUCCUGGUUAUGAAGCUCUUCAAAAACAAAAAUUAAAACAAAAAAUGAGUUUGGAAAGAAAGGAAAAAAAAAAUAAAGAAAAAUCUGAAAAAAUUGAAAAGAAAAUUAAUUUUAAAAACCAACAAGAAAAACAAAAACAACAACCAAAUGAUGAUGAAAAUAUAUUAAGGAAAAAAGAAGUAAAAAAUUGUAAUUAA